AUGAAUUCGAUUUCGCGACACACAUUUCUGACACGCAGCUACAUUCUCUCCCUGCUGAACAGCAGUGCCCCGCCCCCACAGCAGUCGUCUGCGCGGGUUGAGCGACACGACCUGCUAGAUCACCCGUCGCUGCAGACCGCCACCAAGUGCUGCGUGUUCAUCAAGGCCGUCGGCCGCUCAAUGGGAUUCCCCACACGCACCAUUAACACCGCCCAGCUGCUGGUGCACCGCACGUAUAUCUACCGGCCGCAACCGCAGGCAACAGCAACGGACAUCGCGACCGCGUGCUUGUUUGUGGCUGCAAAGAUGGAGGAGACGCUAAAGAAGCUGAGAGACAUCCUGGUGCAUGCCUUUAUCGCGUCGUCGCAGACUAUGGAGGACGCCCGGACUGUGCCAUCAAGUACUAUUGAUAAGAUGCGGCCGGGCGUUCUGGCCAGCGAGCAGUUUGUCCUGGACGUCAUUGGAUAUGACUUCCGUACCACCCAUCCGCACCUGCUGUUGGGCGCUGAGCAGCCGACGGUGAGGGCAGCGUGGACGAUUCUGGCCGACUGUUACUACACCACCUUGCCGGUGCAGUUUCCAACCGCGGUGCUAGCCGCGGGCGCCCUGUGUUUGGCGUGGAACCUGGACUGCGAGACACCGCAGGAUGCAAGCCAGUUUGUGCUUCGCCUCUACUGCGCUAACACACAGACGGGGAGUAAGCGUGCUAGAGAAGAGGACCUGCCAGCGGUGCCGGUGGACCGCCCGACAGCGAUUGAGCUGAGCUCUGAGUGGUGGACUGCGUUUGGCGUAUCGACAAGCGACCUACGGAGCUUUGUGCGCCAGAUGGUUGAUUUCCACCUGCUGUUCUUCACAAACAUCGCUUCGGCGCAAUACGCCGAGCGCUACAGGACCGGUCCUGCCAAGCAAGGAAAUGUCACAGCGGAUCGGGCAAUGGCGCCUGCGGCUCGGCAAUGCCUCGAUUACGCCAGUUUCGCCAAAUAAUUAGUAUUGUGAGAACUAUUCACAUUAACAUGACCCGAUGCUUGCUGCGCCCGCGUGCUGCCGCCUUAGCUUGGACUGUACAAAGGCCGGGUUCGCAACAAACACAAUCAGCAAUA